AUGGUGAGAAGAAAUGUGCAGUAUGAUUUACCUUUGGCAGCAGUUAACAUCAAUACAAGUGCAAGUACAGAGCAAGUACAGAACAUACCAAGCCUGCUCCCUUGUGCUCUUCAUCCAGUGCACUUCUACUGCUUGUCAGAGAGGGAAGUAGUGACCACAUUGCCACAAUUCAGUCAUGUGUAUUACUUCAAUUAGGAAACACAUUUUUAGCAUUUAUCUUCUUCCCCAUCAAUGCUGCUAUUCUGUGCUUUGCAACCACAAGCCAUUCAAAUGUUUUGAACUGUAUCUCCCAUUAACCUCAAAACAUGUACAUGGCCACUGGCCCAUCCUGUGGCCAUAAAAUGUGCUUUUAAAAAUGAAAAAUAAAGGAUGAUUAUACAAGGCCUGUCUGUCACCACACUAGCAAUCUGCCACUGGGCACAGUGGGACUGGGCCGGACUGCAGGGCACUGAACCUCAGCCUUGAGACACAGUCCUAGCUGCACCACUGAGAGUGAUUGAUAGCUGUUCUGUGCAACUGCAACACUAUUUUUAAGGACUAAUAAUAAUAAUAAUAAUAAUAGCACUGAGGCAGUAACACAUAACCAACCAUUUAGAAAAUAAGGUUCAAUGAAUUGAACUAAAGAGAGCAUCAAUCACCACCAGAGGUCAAUAGAAUCCUGUCGCAGUGUCUGGCACCUUUUCAUUUCUUUAGCUGUAUUCCUUGUGCUCAUCCCCUUUUAAUUUUUCUGCCAGAACUUCUUCUUAGAAACAGUAAGGUUUCAGUCUGUUAAGAACAAUAUAGUAAUGAUAUUGCUUAAAUCAUUAAUUAAUUCCUGUUUGACUAAUGAAUUUCUUAGUGAUUUCUUUCCCGCCCCCUUUACCUUUUUUCUUCUCCCUUUCUAACUUUUAUUGGGUUCAACAUUCUUUGCUGAUAACUAAAUGAUAUCAGCAAGCUUGCAUUAGUUACUUUUCUGGAUCUUAUAAUCAAUUGUGCUGGAAAAGAAAGCAGAAAAUGUACAAAUGAGAUGGAAGCACAUUUUAAGACUGGGGGAAAUGCAGGCUUUCAAAAUCGGUAAAACAGAUUUAAAAAUAGAUAGAAAAGGUGGCAUGCUCAGUACUAGAACAAAACGCUUUUUUACUAAAGAAUUUGAAUUUGAUUAUUUUAAAAAGCACAAAACUAUUUUUAAAACUAUAGAGGAAAAUGGAUUGCUGUAGAAUACUUUAUAACAAAUUCAUUGAAGGAAAGGGACAAGGAGAUUAUCAAUAAAACAGUAAGUCUGUCAAAUUCAGUAAAACAAUUAGAACCUAGAUUUACAGAAAUAGAGACGAGAAUUAAAAAUCAUACAGAAGAAACAGGAAAAUUAAACCUGACACUUCUAGGAAUCUUUCGAGGUUGUGACCUGGAUAUACUCCAGAGUUUGGUACCCCAGGAGUUAAUACAGGCAACAGAGAUAAAUAAAAAGUCAAUUUUAUUAUAUCAAAAGGGAAUUAGCUGAUUGCCUCAAAAAGAAUCAGCACAUUUACUAAACAUAUUAAACAAAAUCAAUAAACAGCACACCAAGAAUAGAAUGAGGCUUGGGAAAGUUAAAACCAUGCAAGAGUUAUUCUUAGAAGCAUUCCCAGGAACACAUAGGAAAACUAUGAUGUGGUCAGGGAAAGAGAGUUGUCGGGGGUGGGGGGUUGUUGGCUGAAGAGGUUAAAGUUGUACUAGAAUGUGAGGGUGGGUGCUGGCUUGAGCUGUUUAUUUGCAGAAGAGAAAGGGGGAGUCAGAGGAAUGAUUGGGAAGGGCUUUGGGGGAGUUUUAGGUGAAAAUCAGAAGAAAAAUGGAAGACUUUGGGACAGUGGCUGAGAUUACUGAGCAUAGGGAGAUCUGAGCUUUUGGGGUGAUAAAAUUAGGGAGGAAGAAAUUAGCAUGAGAAAGGGAAAAAGGAGAGACUGGUAUCCCCAAGAAAGAGGAGUCUGAUUGCUUUUCAAAGUGUAAGGUAGAAGGGGAGGGAGGUGUUGGACAGCUGAUGGGCUUUCUUUCUAAAGUUUAAUGCCUUUCAUUAUUUUGUGAGCCUGAAGUUCAGUGUGUUGAAGGCAAGAGUACCUCUUCAGCAACAAAGGGGAUAGGGGGAAGAAAAAGUGGGUGCGUGGGGGGAAUCCAUCAGAAAAUUCCUUGACAAUGAGGUGAGAUCCCUUUAGUACCCAAAGGAUUCCUAGCUAGUAAAGUGAAAAGCAUUACCUGUUAUGCCUGAGUUAGUCUCAAAAAUUAGCAUAGAAACAAAUUCUCUCUUCCUGAUAGUGAAUGGGCAGUGUUUGAAACUCCCAUUGUUCUAGGCCAUUUUACCAUUUUGCAACAGGGAAUUUCAUUAUUGUGAUCAGUUUCUGAGUUCUGGGUGCAGUACUGCGUCUGAGAUUUCAGAUUAAAACUGCAGAGUAGAAGGAAAGGACGACCUUUUUCUGCCUCCCCACUUCCAGCUAUUCUCUGAAGACUGGAGAAGAGACGCUCUUAAGAGUAUUAGGGGGGGGUGGGCAGGGGAAGGACUAGACCACAUGAAAAAUGAGCAUAAUAUUUUAGCUGCUGUUCAUUCGUUUUCAGCUUUGUAUUCUUGUUAUAAAAAAGUGCACCUAGACAUUCCAUUGUUGUGCCCAUAAUCUAGGUUUAAGGUACCAUUUAGCUCCUAGCUUUCAUAUCUCAAUUUCUAACACUGUGGAUGGGUGUUAAAAAAAAGAAAUUAUGUCAGCCAGGAAGAGCUUGUUUUUAAAAAGUUUGCAAAAUGAUUUCAAGAAAUGCAUCUUAUUCCUCUGCUCUGGUGAGAUGGAGUUUGACAUAUCUUUUGGACUUUUCAAGCAAAAGCCUCAGACUAUUGAAAUUUAUUGCUUCCUAAUUUGAGGAGAGAGUGGGAGGUUUGAUAGCUGGGUGCCAAGACCUUAGUUUGAUUUGGCCUUUUACCUACUUCUGAUUUACAAAUGAUAAGGAAAGAAUGGCAGAGAUUUACACUGAAAGGAAACAAUACAUUUUAGAGGCGCUGUUACAACUGGGCUGGUUUGGAAUAUGUGAGCCUGACUUUCUGUAAGGAAGACCUCUCCAGGCCAAACUUAUUUCUGAGUUGCAGGCUAUCAUAGCGAUACCUGGAUAUUUUUAGAGUUGCUACACAACACUUGGUGGGAUGGUUCUGCCUCUGCAGAUAUCUAUGCACUCUUUUGGAUUCUUGAAGUCAUGCUGCAAACAUGCAAUUUCAUAUGUUGCUGUUGCUUGUGCAUCCAAGGUCACCUUCAUGUGACCUGCUUACUGAGCCUUCAUCCUGAUUUGUUUGCACAAUUUUUGUGCGGCAGUUAUAAAACAUCCACUGUUCCUUGCACAUUCAUUCUGAUUUCUUUGCUGGAAGGUUAUACAAUAUUGUGUUAAGCAACUGCUAUUAUCCCACAAAUUCCCAUCACUUUCCUUACAUCAAAAGGGGUGAGUGUGUAAGUGGAUUUGUUGACAAAGAGUGCAUAAUGUACUUAAAUUGUGUAACGUGUAUUUCUGGUAAACAAUUGAAUCCCACCCACAACCUAGGUGUGCAUCAAUAUAUUUGCAUUCUCUCCUACUCUGAUGUUUUGUAUUCAUCUCUAGUUUGAACAUAUCUUUAAGCUUUCUCAGAGAGUUCUGGAAACAUUUUCCAUAUCCUGCACUACUAAUUCAGUUUAAUUGCCUUUCAGGGGAUUUUUGGAAGUGAGAAGAUGAUCAUCCUGUUUGCAGGUGGUAUCUGUGGUGUAGCUCCAAAAGCAGGAUCUCUUCUAGCUGGUGUCUACAUGAUUCUGACAACCAAUAUGUACCUGAUCUUUGAGGCUGGUCACCUAAAUCGCUCCCUAACUCUGAUACAACUGCAUCAGGAAGAAAAUUAUUCAAUUGGACCGAUGUGGGUCAUCCCAUAUUACUAUUACACUGCAAUCGCCUUGGCUGUUAUAACUUAUCCUAUAUGUUUCUACUUCCUCUUAUCCAUCCAGAGGCGAGACACUGUAGGAUUGUUUAUCUACAUUGUUUGGAUCAUCUUCUAUGAUCUAGCCAACAUUGUCCUCAUAGUUCUAACAGCAAGGGCAGCUCUUUAUUCAAUAAGUGACUUGGAAUGGUUUGGAUUGGCCACCAGAAUCCCCACAGACUGCUUUUGGCUUCUCUUUAUCAUAACAUAUCUUCUGAUGAUUAUUGAAGGCAGAAGCACAGGGAGGAUGUCACUGAAGACAAGGCGGAUAUCAAGACGUGUGUCAGAGCCUCCCAAGUUUAGGCUGGGUAUCAAUGCUAGGAGAGUUCAAUAA